AUGUCUCACUCUCAGCAGCAGUCUGCCCCCGGGCCCCUCCCCACGGCCCCAGACUCCCCCGCCAUGGGCGUGACGGUCAGCGGCAACGUCACCAAGUAUGCCAUGAAAAAGAAGAAGAUCCUCAACGCCGAGGAGAGUGAGCUAUUUGAGCUGACGCAGGCCGCAGGCAUUGCCAUGGACCAGGAGGUCUUCAAGUACGUCUGAGAGGGGGCAUCUCAAUAGUCUAACUUGGCUUCCUUUCCUCAUCACAAUCCCGUCUUUCUGUCUGGCCAACAACAUUAUUCUGAGCUGUUAUUUUUAACCCAUCUUAUACUACAGACCUAUACUCUGGCUAAUGCAUUGAUCAGGCCAAUACACUGACUGACUGACUGACUGACUGACUGACUGACUGACUGACUGACUGACUGACAGACAGUGUGUGUGUGUGUGUGUGUGUGUGUGUGUGUGUGUGUGUGUGUGUGUGUGUGUGUGUGUGUGUGUGUGUGUGUGUGUGUGAGAGCGCGAGUGUACACUGUACUCUUAGUUUAAUCCCUGUCCCUCUCCUCCUGUAGGAUCAUUGUGGACCUGUUGAAGAUGAACGUGGCUCCACUGGCUGUGUUCCAGACACUGAAGGCCAUGUGUGCUGGCCAGAGGAUAGCUGAAACCUCCAUGGGAGACUCCUCCACAGCCUCCUACCCCAACACCACCACUACCACCACAGCCUCCUCAGCCCCUACAGAACCCAGAGGUCAGUAGGGUCUGGAUCAGGGGGUGAGAGAGCUAGAGAAGAGGGGUUGUGGUUUCCUGUUCCACAACAAUACUGCUUUCUCACUGGUAGCCCAGCCAGAGUAUACAGCUCAUUGUUUCCUCUACCAUAACAGUAUGUCUCUCGGUUAGGGACAGACAGAGAAGAGGGUUAAUGUUUCUAUAGCCUUGGAAGUGCAGGCUUCUCACGUUCUGUUAGAAAGCCUUGGGAAGUUCCCUUUAUGAAGACGAUAAAAAAGGGUGGAAUGUGGUGGAGUCAAGAUGGAAACUAGUGUCGCUUAUCAAACCAAUUCAAUAUUUAGCAUGGGUGGUGCUUCAACAAAACUAACGCCGUAUAGCCUACUAAAAUGUUGUCCGACACAGUAGGAAAAGCGAGACACGGACAAAACAAACGAAAUACCUCUCCUGAGGGGAAAUGUCAUUUCUACUCAAAGCCAAUCAAAUGUGAGCAUUGAAUGCCAGCAAAAACCAAUACUAAAGUUCUCCAGACUUCCACUAGUUUAGUCAACAAGACAAGAUUUGGAAGGAUAGCCACGUGAGACUCUCUACCAUAACACUACCUGUAUGUCUGUCUGUUGGGUAAGGACAGACAGAGAAUGAUUGUUUUUAUUAUUUAGGUGGAAUAUAAUAUAUUGAUCUCUUUCUGUCUGCUUUGCUUGCUUUGCAGCCUUCUGCUUAAACCCCUGUAUCCUGCUCAGACAAGAUAUUCCCCCCUUUCACUUCCCCAGCUGAGCCUCUACACCUAAUCUUCCAAUGUCUCCUACACCCCUCACUAACUAAUACACUUCACUCCAUUGUGGCCUUGGCCAGCCAGCUGAAUUGAAAUUAAUGGAGAAGAGAAUAGCAUACAUUGGCCUCCAGUCAAACACAAACUUUACAAUGUUACCUGUGUAUUUCAGUUUGCGCUCUAACUCCUCCUAUUCUUCUGUACAUGUGUUACUGGUGUGUACGCACAAACCCUCUGUGUGCGUAUGUAUCUCUCUGCUGAAGAAGAGGACUCUGUUGUGUCUGGCCCUAAGAGCUCUAAGCCCCCUGCGCCUCCCCCCACCUCCUCCUCCACCUCCUCCUCUGCUGACCCCAGGCCCACCAGGGUCAACUCUAAGAUGGUCUACGACACCUGCUCUCCUCACUCUCAAGGUCCCUUUUUCACUCACUCCUCCUUUUCUUCACUCUAUCCCUCCAUCUCUCUUCAGAAACUCUUCAACUUCUCUGUUUGUUUGCCUGUCUGGCUCCAGUACUUCAAUGUCUUCACCUUGUGCACUGAGUUUACUUGUAGAGUGUGUAGGAGCUUCACAGUUUGUUUGCGUGUGGACUCAGGUAUACUCAGUGGGACAGUUUAUUAGGUACACCAACCCCGUUCACAAAAAUGGUUCGUUCCUGCAUAAAGUGAGUCACUUGGCCGUGGCAUGCUAUAUAAAGCAGGCAGACAGGCAUCGAGGCAUUCAGUUACUGUUUGAUUUGAAUGUUAGAAUGGCUAAAACUAGUGACUUAAGCAACUUUGAGCGUGGUAUGAUCGUCGGUGCCAGGCCGGCCUCCUGGGCAUUUCACACACGACAGUGUCUAGGGUUUACCGAGAAUGGUGCGACAAACAAAAAACAUUCAGUCAAUGGCAGUCUUGUGGGCGAAAACAGAUAGUUGAUGAGAGGUCGAAGGAGAAUGGCAAGAAUUGUGAAAGCUAACAGGCGGGCCAAAAUAGGCAAAUAAUGGCGCAGUACAACAGUGGUGUGCAGAACGGCAUCUUGGAACGCACAACUUGUCUGCCCUUUCACGGAUGGGCUAUUGCAGCAGACGACCACACCGGGCUCCACUCCUAUCAGCUAAAAACAAGAAGAAGCAGCUACAGUGGGCACGUGAUCACCAACACCAGACAACUGAGGAGUGGAAAAACAUUGCCUGGUCUGACGAAUCCCGGUUCCUGUUGUGUCAUGCUAAUGGAAGAGUCAGGAUUUGGCGUAAGCAGCAUGAGUCCAUGGCCCCGUCCUGCCUGGUGUCAACGGUACAGGCUGGUGGUGGUGGUGUAAUUGUGUGGGGAAUGUUUUCCUGGCACACGUUAGGUCCCUUGAUACCAAUUCAGCAACGUUUCCAUGCCCCGAGAAAUUCCGGCUGUUCUGGAGGCAAAGGGGGGUCCGACCUGGUACUAGAUAGGUGUACCUAAUAAACUGGACUCUGAGUGUAUGUGCGUUUGUUCGUUAACCUCGUCUUGCUUUUUUUGUGUUUUUGUGUUUUCUCAGCUCAUGUAAACUGUAGCCCUAUAUUUGACAAAAACGUUUGUGAUUGCAUGGUUUUCAAUUUGAUUCACCAGGUUGAGGGGGAGGGAUUUUCCCCAUAGGGCGAAUUAGGAAGAGGUAACUAAGUCUAGACUGAAUAAAGUGUUCCAUCUUCAUCGCUGUCCGUCAUGCUCUCAUAAGUGUCUCAUUGGUCUCUCAUCUGAACAUGCUCAUCUGCAUGUUCUUAUCCUGCCCCAAACACAGCCACUUCGCCUUGCAUGACAGCUACACACACACUGCCAACCAUCCUUCUCACCCUUCUCUUUGUGUUUGCAGUGCGUAGUAAAGCGGGUGCGGGCCACGGGGAGAAGAGCAGAGAGGGUUCCAGCCAGAGGGUGCCACGCCAGCCCAGCGCCACCAGGGGGCAGAAGACGACCAAGAGUUCUGGAAGCAGCAGCUCCUCCUCACAGAUCACCCCAACUACCACCAACUAGACCCCACAGAAAGGAGGGCUGACUGAUGGGGCACCUCACAAGUCUUAAGAUGUUUCCUCUCCUCGUCUUCUUUCCUUCAUCUACAUUAACGGCUAAUUCAUCUCCUCUCCUCCUCCUCGGUUGAAUUAAGGUAAAUUAAUAUAAGAGAGUUGUUUUAGUGAAAGUAUGUACCUAGUCCACCAUGUUGCUUUCACCUCUCCUAUGCUUCCACGUCAGAUGAGUAGAGGAGGAACCUUGUUCAAGAUACAGUAUUGAGAUUCAGAAUCAGUGUGACCACUAAUGCUUACCUCAUGGUCACUAGUGUCGAUUUUUGGCCUGCCAAAAGGCUGGGAGAAGUGCCUCUUAGAACUGGUCCAUAGUCCGUUGGGAUAUGUUGGCGUAUAAUGGUUGGGUUGAGGAUAUGGGUCGACAGAAACUGUUCCUAGAUCAGUACCAUGGGCUCAUACUUUAGAUAGGAUUUAAACCAUUCUGUCUUAUAAAAGGGGUGCCAUCUGCAAAUACUAUUUUAUACUUAUGUUUUGUGAUUGUUGUUUUUAUACCAUGAACAUGCAUAGAGGAGUUGUCUGAAUUGCUCACCAUUACAGCACUUGUGGAACCAAACAUUUUCAUACUAUCUUGUCACAAUAAAAAAAGAACACUUUUGGGACCUCUAUACAAGGUGUGUUGGUUGUCUUCUUUGUCUACCAUGCUGAAAUCCAACACAAUACUGGGUCUUUUGUUGUCAUUUCCUUUGGCUUAGCGAGAGUUACUAGAGUACAGCCAAUUCUGUUGCCUCUCCUGUCCAACACAAUAUAGACUGCUGUUGUAUUCUGCCUGAUACCCAUGAGGAGAAAGAGUGUGAAAGAGGCAGAAGUUAAUGCUGCACAUGCUUGUCCCAAAAUGUUGUCAAAAUAAAAAAGAACACUAG